CAACUCGGGUGCCUUGUGAGUGGGGGAGGGGCUGCGGAGGGACAGAGACUGAGAGAGAGACUGGGAGAGACAGUGAGCAGCAACCGGGGAGACUCUCCACACAAACCCGCGGCUAGUCUCACCCUCUCUCCCCCCCAAGUCCCCCCUUUCCUUCCCGGCUCGAGUUACUGACAUACCUCCCCCUUUUUUUUUGUCCGACAUGGUGGACCGAGAGCAGUUGGUGCAGCGAGCCAGGUUGGCCGAGCAAGCCGAGAGAUACGAUGACAUGGCGGCGGCCAUGAAGUCGGUUACCGAGCUGAACGAGGCCUUGUCCAACGAAGACCGAAACCUGCUCUCUGUGGCCUACAAGAAUGUGGUGGGGGCCCGGAGAUCAUCCUGGCGAGUGAUCAGUAGCAUUGAGCAGAAGACUUCUGCUGAUGGCAACGAGAAGAAGUUGGAGAUGGUGCGUGCCUACCGAGAGAAGGUAGAGAAGGAGCUGGAGGCCGUGUGCAGUGAUGUGCUGGCCCUGCUCGACAAGUUCCUCAUUAAGAACUGCAACGAGUCCCAGGUGGAGAGCAAAGUCUUUUACUUGAAAAUGAAAGGCGACUACUACCGCUACCUGGCUGAGGUGGCCACUGGUGAGAAGAGAGCCAGCGUGGUGGAAUCGUCCGAAGCCUCUUACAAGGAGGCCUUUGAGGUCAGCAAGGAUCAGAUGCAGCCCACCCACCCCAUUCGCCUGGGCCUGGCUCUCAACUUCUCGGUCUUCUACUACGAGAUCCAGAACGCCCCUGAGCAAGCCUGCCAACUGGCCAAGGCGGCCUUUGAUGACGCCAUCGCCGAACUGGACACUUUAAACGAGGACUCCUACAAGGACUCGACUCUCAUCAUGCAAUUACUACGGGACAACCUCACCCUCUGGACAAGUGACCAGCAAGAUGACGAGGCAGGAGAAGGCAACAACUGAGUCUCUGCAGUAAAUCCCCCAACCCCUGGGCCAUCUCCUCUCCUCCCUCCCGCCCCACACACACACACACACACACACACACACACACACACACACACACACACACACACUGUGCUAUAUACCCCAGUGCUAAUAUCUACUGUGUACACAGCUCCUCUAAAUCCGCUGUAUGCCCAUCAGAGAAGGAAAGACUAAAAUGAUGUCUUUCAGUGGCUGUGUUGGUAUUUAAGCCCCUUCACUAUAGCCGCAAAAAUUCAUUUUGUCGCCAGUGAAUCACUCGCAGACAGGUUGUUUUGGCCCCUUUUUAAAGUUUGAGCAGUUUUUUUAGAACAAGCAAUCACCACCCUCCGCCCCCCACCCACCCACGCCCCCCAAAAAAUGAAAAAGCAUUUGGCAUUUAAGCACUGUAAUCGAGAUUGGGCUGAUGAAAGGCCGUGAUGCUCUGUCCUGACCAAUUACUCCUGUGCAUGCAGAAACUACAGUAUCCCUAUCAAUCAUUGAAACUCCAGUACCCAACUGAUUUAAAAAGAAAAAUGGGUCAGAAAUUGACUGUAUUGUAGCGUUUACAUAUAGUCUGCUAAUUUUAGCCGAUGAAACCGUAACCGUGAAGUACAUUUAUAUAAAGCUGGGAGGACUGACUAUUUUGUGUUGCUGAAUAUUUUUUGGCUGUUAAUUUAUAUGGAGCUCGAUGAUGUGCACAGAUCUUGGGUAAUGCAUUGCAUCUGCUAAAAUGUUUUGAUACUUUUUGUUUUAAGAAACACAUUUUUGUCAGAUGUCUGUCUGAACCUCGACGGUUAUACAUUUUCUUUGUAAAACAUCCGCUUUACCAAUCAGUUCUUGAGUCAAUUCAAUUGAGCUCACAAAACAGAUUGUGUUAGAACAGCAUUAUGGAAAAAAAAUAGAAACAAAAUUGAAAUCCCAUGGAAUGCCAAACCUUAAUUCAAUGUUGGGUUGAAUGGAUGACAAUAAAUGCUGCUUCAGGUG